AUGUCAUACCCAUACCCAUAUAAGAUUGAAACAGAAGAACCUCCAUUGCAAUAUGAAGAAUUUGAUGGUGCGAAAUUUGGAUAUAUGUUAUGGCCGUCCCAUGCAGCCACCAACCAAGUGAAAGGACGUAUUUUACUAGUACAUGGAUUUGGAGAGUAUACGCGGAUCCAAUACCGAUUAAUGGAUCAUUUAUCACAGCAAGGAUAUGAAUCGUUUACAUUUGAUCAACGAGGUGCUGGUGUCACUAGUCCCGAUAAGACCAAAGGUCUGACCAAUGAAUUACAUACAUUCAAGGAUUUAGAACAUUUCAUAAAGAAGAAUCUAAAGGAGACCCAAGCUAGUGGAAUCCCAUUAUACCUGUGGGGCCAUUCUAUGGGUGGUGGGAUAAUCUUAAAUUAUGCUUGUCAAGGUCAACAUAAGCAAGAUAUUGCGGGUUAUAUUGGAUCUGGACCAUUAAUCAUAUUACAUCGUCAUUCUGCACCCAACAAGAUUACGCAGUUCAUUGCACCUGCAUUAGCUAACUGUUUACCGAAUGUAACCAUUGAUACAGGGUUAGAUCUUGAUGGAAUUACCAAUGAUUCUGAGUAUAGGAACUUCUUAGCCCAUGAUCCCAUGAGUGUUCCAUUGAAGGGCUCCUUUAGACAAAUCCAGGAUUUUCUAAAACGUGGGAAAAGAUUGUAUGAUGAUAAAGGCAACUACAUAGAGAAGAACUAUCCUACUGAGAAACCCAUUAUUAUAUUCCACGGGGCAGACGACACUAUCAAUGAUCCGCAUGGUUCCGAGGUGUUUAUUGAAAAGUGUCCUGCUGCCGACAAGACGUUGAGACUGCUGCCUGGGAUGAAACAUUCUAUCUUUUCACUAGAGAAAGAACCACAAGUAAAAGCUGCAUUCAACGAGUUAGUCACCUGGCUCGACGCACACACUCAGGAAUAG